CAGGGAGGGGGACGCUUCUCGCGGGCGCGCGGAGCGCGGACGGUGACAGCCCCCGGCGCGCGCGCGCGCGCGAGCGCUCGAGUGUGCGCGUGCGCGUCCGGUUCCAGCGCGGCCCCGCGACCCCCGUUGGUUACGGAGAGGCGCCCGGCGUCGUGGCCGCCGCCGUCUAAGGUUCCUGUCCCGGGAUAUUCUUCGCCGUCCGCGGCGCGAGUCUCUGGGCGCCGGCGCUCGUGCCUCCCGUCAGGGCCUGGUCCCCGCUCUCGGUUCCCGGGGCUGCGUCCUCGCGGCCCAUGCUGGCCGCCGCGGGGGACCCAGGCAGCCCGCGUCGCUCUGGGGCCGGCCGGCCGGCCACCAUGGUGGCCCUGAGGCCUGCGCGGCUCCUCCAGGGGGGCUAAGCGGUCCCGAGCGCCAGGCCUCGGGGCGAGGUGCGGCGGGAGCGCGGCCCCGGCCGGCGCCCCGCGCCUCGCGCCCCGCGCCAUGGCCGGGGCCAUCGCCUCCCGCAUGAGCUUCAGCUCGCUCAAGAGGAAGCAGCCCAAGACGUUCACGGUGCGGAUCGUCACCAUGGAUGCCGAGAUGGAGUUCAACUGCGAGAUGAAGUGGAAAGGGAAGGACCUGUUUGAUUUGGUGUGCCGGACUCUGGGGCUUCGGGAAACCUGGUUCUUUGGACUGCAGUACACAAUCAAGGACACCGUGGCCUGGCUCAAAAUGGACAAGAAGGUGUUGGAUCAUGAUGUUUCAAAGGAGGAACCAGUCACCUUUCACUUCCUGGCUAAAUUUUAUCCUGAGAAUGCUGAGGAAGAGCUGGUUCAGGAGAUCACGCAACAUUUAUUCUUCUUGCAGGUGAAGAAGCAGAUUUUAGAUGAAAAGAUCUACUGCCCUCCUGAGGCUUCUGUGCUCCUGGCUUCCUAUGCUGUCCAGGCCAAGUAUGGUGACUACGACCCCUCUGUGCACAAGCGGGGAUUUUUGGCUCAAGAGGAAUUGCUUCCAAAAAGGGUAAUAAAUCUGUAUCAGAUGACGCCGGAAAUGUGGGAGGAGAGAAUUACAGCCUGGUACGCGGAGCACCGGGGCCGAGCCAGGGAUGAAGCUGAAAUGGAGUAUUUGAAGAUAGCUCAGGACCUGGAGAUGUAUGGUGUGAACUACUUUGCAAUCCGGAAUAAAAAGGGCACAGAGCUGCUGCUUGGAGUGGACGCUCUGGGACUUCACAUCUAUGACCCUGAGAACAGGCUGACCCCCAAGAUCUCCUUCCCGUGGAAUGAAAUCCGAAACAUCUCAUACAGCGACAAGGAGUUUACUAUUAAACCAUUGGAUAAGAAAAUUGACGUCUUCAAAUUUAACUCCUCAAAGCUUCGUGUUAAUAAGCUGAUUCUCCAGCUAUGUAUCGGGAACCAUGACUUGUUUAUGAGGAGGAGAAAGGCUGAUUCUCUGGAAGUUCAGCAGAUGAAAGCCCAAGCCAGGGAGGAGAAGGCUAGAAAGCAGAUGGAGCGGCAGCGCCUUGCUCGGGAGAAGCAGAUGCGGGAGGAGGCUGAGCGCACAAGGGAUGAGCUGGAGAGAAGGCUGCUACAGAUGAAAGAAGAAGCGACCAUGGCCAACGAAGCACUGAUGAGGUCUGAGGAGACAGCUGACCUGUUGGCUGAAAAGGCUCAGAUCACAGAGGAGGAGGCCAAGCUUCUGGCCCAGAAGGCUGCAGAGGCAGAGCAGGAGAUGCAGCGCAUCAAGGCCACGGCCAUUAGGACAGAGGAGGAGAAGCGCCUGAUGGAACAGAAGGUGCUGGAGGCUGAGGUGCUGGCACUGAAGAUGGCUGAGGAGUCAGAGAGGAGGGCCAAGGAGGCCGACCAGCUAAAGCAAGACCUGCAGGAAGCCCGUGAGGCAGAGCGGAGAGCCAAGCAGAAGCUCCUGGAAAUUGCUACCAAGCCCACAUAUCCGCCCAUGAACCCAAUCCCAGCACCAUUGCCUCCAGACAUACCCAGCUUCAACCUCACUGGCGACAGCUUAUCUUUUGACUUCAAGGAUACUGACAUGAAGCGGCUUUCCAUGGAGAUAGAAAAAGAAAAAGUGGAGUACAUGGAGAAGAGCAAGCACCUGCAGGAGCAGCUCAACGAACUCAAGACAGAAAUCGAGGCCUUGAAGCUCAAAGAGAGGGAGACCACGCUGGACAUUCUACACAACGAGAACUCAGAUAGGGGCGGCACCAGCAGCAAGCACAAUACCAUUAAAAAGCCUCAAGCCCAAGGCAGAAGACCUAUCUGCAUUUGAGCCCUCAAACUCACUUUGCAGAGCGCCAGGUCCCGCGUGGCCUUCUUCGAGGAGCUCUAGCAUGUGACCCCGCCACUUCUGCUCCCGGCGCCAGCGGGAUGGGCCUGACAUGUGGGAACCAUCCGAAGGGUUGGUUUGGAGGCUCCUCAGGAGCUCCAGAACUUUCUCCAGUUGAGUGGAGAGCCUCGCCUCCUUCAUGUGCAAUUGCCUUUGAACUAUGACCCGGUAGAGGUUUCUUCAUGCUGUUCUCCUGACCUGCAUCUUUAAUAUUUUUGAGACAUCUUUUUGUCUUAAGUGGGAUCCCAUACUUCCUGUGUCCCAGGUGCCCUGGUGUGUGUCAGUGUGUGUGUGUGUCUGUCUGUCUCUAUGUGUGUCAGUGUGUGUCUGCCUGCUGCAGAACUCUACAGCCUGCCCUGGAGGCCUCUGCCACAUCCCCUCCAGUGCCAGAGGUCGGGAGUGCUCCCCCCUCUCCUGAGGACCUGGCACAUGGUGAAGAAACACUGCCUGCUGCACUAACCUGGAGAGCUUGUCUGUAGCUCAGGACCAACUAAGCACUCCCUGUACUAUGGCUGCCGGCUGGUGGGGGUCAGGCAGGGCUGCCGUGGCUAGGGAGAGGUGAGGGGCUGAGGGCUGGGAGGCGGGCAGAGCAGGGCACACAUGGACCUGAUGGGACAAGAUGCUCACUGCCCUCCACAGCCCAGGGUCAGAGAGGUGAAUUCCCAUCCCUACAAGCUCUCAGCUCAAUCUCCUGGGUGCCUACAAAGCCAGCCGAGACCAGGGCUCCCCGGGCACUGAGACCCCACAGGUACUUGUUCUCACUGGUUCCGGUGACACGGGGAGCUCCGGAUGUGCUGCUGGUCUGAAUCUGCCCUCCUUCACCGAUCCCAGCAAGCCUUUUGAACUCCGUGCCUGGGCUUCAUUUGGCCAGUCCCCUGCCCUCUCUCCAGGCCCUUCUUUAUAUCCCGCAGGGCCCCCAGCCCAAACCUGGCACAGGAAUCCACUCAGUCAGUGAUGGCAGGCUGCAGAACCACCCUCCACACUCCCUACUCCAUGCCAGGGCUCAUCUUCUGAUUCUUUUUUUUUUUGAGGGGUGAGGGAGGUUGCCAGUCUUAGGGCUUUUGAGCCAUGAUCCUCAGAUGUCAGCCUCCUGAGAAGCUAGGACUAUAGGCCUCAGCCACUGGUACUCACCUAUGUGUAAACGAUUCUUAAAGAUUUCAAAUCAUGCCCUCAUGAAAAAUGUUUCUUUAUAUUUCAUGACUAGAGUAAGAAAUAUUAUUUAUAAGUGAGCAUUUCAGUGCACAAGACACUGGCAGUUUUUCUUGUCUCCUAUGUGGUCCUCUGGUCACUUAGUAGGGUGGACACAGCUGCUGGUCACUUCCUGUUAGGCUGCUGGAGGGGCCAGCACAGGGUGGGCUUGGGGAAGCAGCUGCACAGCCAGAGUAGGAAAUCAUUGUGGAAGUCGGGCACCGGGCUCAUGCCUGUAAUCCUAGCUACUCAGGAGACUGUCCAAAAAGAAUUAUACUCAUUACCUGACUUAUGAAACAGUAACCCCUCUGUCCAUCACCUUUAUAAUAACAACAAAAAAGUU